AUGGAAAGUAAAAACUCCGGUGUGACGCGAAUUUUCGUAUGUUGCUCGAAUGUCAUCUUCCUGAUAUCAGGUUUUGCGUUGAUGUCACUGGGGGCGCUGUUAUUAGCUGACGAUGAACGUAUCCUACUGUCGCGUUUAUUGGGACCAGGUGAUAUACAUCCUCAUCAACCGCUAUUUUAUUACUUGGCAUUCGCUGUCGUUGGACUCGGAUUUCUGAUCACGCUCACGGGUCUGCUAGGGUGCUGGGCAACUUGUCUUUACAAUCGAUGCGUUACAGUUUCAUACCUCGUCACAAUAAUCCUGCUAUUGCUCGGCGAAUGCACCGUGUGCGUUCUAGUGGUGUUCUGGCCUCACGUUCUAGGCAUCGAUGUCAGACCAGCACGAUUGAUACGGGCUUUACAACGUAGCUACGCCGUUCCUGGCCGAGAACAAUUCACGGCAGCCCUUGAUCUCGUACAAACAACGUUUGCUUGCUGCGGCAUAAACGGAAGCAGCAAUUACGGCACCUCGUGGUGGCGACUGCAGGAAGUCGGCCGAAGAGAAUUAGUGGUGCCUCUCAGUUGCUGCACCCUGAAUAACGUGAACCAGACAGACUCCUUCCUCAACCCUGAACCUGCCAAUCUUACUCUCUGCCAAGCUUUGAAUCCAGCCGAACAUCAAUACGCCCGGCAUACCAUGGGUUGCCUAGAGAUGCUAGAAAAAUGGACCCAAGAUCAGGCGUUAAUACUACUUACGAUUGGACUCGCCGUGAUUUUCGUGGAAAUGGGUGCACUUCUGAGCACAUUCUUUGUUUGUUCAAAAGGCAACAAGAGAACCAAAUCUCAAGCAUCGACAUUUACAUCUACGCAAACGCUUAGUCCAUUUAGCGAAAGUGAUCACGAUUUUGGCUUAGGGAUCGAAAAUCGAAUGCACGCAAGCGGAACUGCAUUCGGCAGUAAGUCAUGAAGGUGGCUAGAGGGCAGUGAGGGUAAAUCAUCAAUCGACGUCAAAAAUACGAAAAUUGCGUCG